GAGAGACGCACACGCCACACACACACACGACUCAGAGACGCCGUGCAGACGGGACCACUGAGCGCUGACCCUGACGCUGGCAAACACCAGAGGCACAAGAGCCGCCGCAACCUCCACACCGCUGCACCGGACCACACACACCACACUCCGUCACUCCCACAGCCAGGAACCUCCACACCGGACCACACACACCACACUCCGACACUCCCACAGCCAGGAACCUCCACAUAACUGAGCUGACGCAAGCACAGCACAGAAUGAUCUGAAAUGGGUCGACUAGAUCUCUGAUGAUGCUGCUAACGCCACUCUGACAUCACACAUCCAUCAGCAUCCAUUUUCGUCUCCAGCAAUAUCACCAUGGACACCAAAGGUAGAAAACCUGCCUCCUCUCCACAGCUCCCAGCCAGUCGUGUUAGCAAACAGGAACCCAGCCAGGGCACCUCUUCUUCGACCGGGUGUGACCCGUCAGGUAGCAGGGCGCCCGGCAAAGGCGAUGCUAGUGCCGUCAUGCUAACGGUGGGAAGCAGCCAGAAGAGUGGGUCCAUGGAGCACGUUGCGCAGAUCCACAGGUCAGGACAGGCCGGCAAAACUCAUCUGACCUCAUACUCCAGUGAGCCCAAACUGCAUAAAUCCCCUAACAGCUCGAGACCACAGACCAGCACAGAUUCGCCUAAGAAUCCCCACGCCAGAAACAGCGUGGUGACAACGUUUCGAAUACCGGCUAAAGAUUCUCCGAAGACUCAACACAGCAGAGCGUCUGCUGCCUCUCAUAUACCGGCUAAGGAUUCGCCUAAGCUCAACAGCUCAGCUUCAACCUCUCAAACAGCAGCUAAAGACCCCAAGAAUCAAAACAAGCUUGCGUCUUCUCAUAUACCAGUGAAAGUGUCACCAAAAAUUAACAAAGUGCCCUCCAAGACAUCAAUGAAAGAGUCGCCAAGUAACAGCAGCACACCUCUCUCCCUGUCGGACGACCUGUCUCCUGUCAGUGAUGAUGGGAGUCUGGCUCAGGCUCUCAGGGCUGAUGUCAUCCCUGUCACACCGCCCCCUGUUGUCCACCAACAGGUAAAACAGGAGACAAAACAAACCAGCCCUGUUGUCCAGGAUUCUCAAAAGCCACUCAAGGAAGAAGGCAAACACGUACCUUCUCCACACACUCAUCUGUCUCCUGUCAGUGAUGAUGGGAUUCUGGCUCAGGCUCUCAGGGCUGAUGUAAUCCCUGUCACAUCUCCCCCUGUAGUCCACCAACAGGUAAAACAGGAGACAAAACAAACCAGCCCUGUUGUCCAGGAUUCUCAAAAGCCACCCAAGGAAGAAGGCAAACGUGUACCUUCUCCACGCACUCAUCAUAAAGACGCACACAGUCCACAACCACAGCAAAAAGACACGCACACACACACUCAAAAACAGAUGACGCACACGGUAGAAGCCCAACAUAAGGCCCCACACACCACCAAGACUCAACACACAUCUCUAUCCAGCCAGCCAACACACGCAUUGACUGCUGCCAGUCAACACAGUGCCACCCCAAAGACCAAACGGCAGACAUCGCCGCACGUCACAGAGCGAAAAACGGUGGCGCCGAGAGAUAAGAGUGCGGAGAAGAAAGGAAAAGAGAAUGACGGGAAGGGAGUGAGAGGCAAAGACGUGGGGAAGAGUGUAGCAACUAUGACUGGUCCGGAAGGACUGGGAAAGGAUGUGGCGGUGCAAGUCUCUGAUGAUCUUUGCAACGACGUCACGGUCACGGUAUCGCAGCUUGACAAUCACCUCACUGGUGCCACUGGUGGGCACAUCAAUGCUGAGGAGAGCGCGCUGGUCCUGCGCCCUCAAAAGCCAAUAGUUCGCCAGCGUCCAUCAUCACAGUACGUCUGUCAGAUUGAGAUCGAGCUUAGCAGCCAAUCACCAAAAACCUCAGGCCAGGCUCCUCCCCCAGCUACAGCUGUGAUCCCAGCUCUCCCCUCUCUUUCUGGGAAAUCAACCGACGGACCUGACAUGCCCACGGACCAAUCUGAAGCGAAAGACACGACAGGGGAGGGACUGAGACAGGAGAAAGCAGGGCCCGUGCAGGAAGUGACGUGGGAUGACCAAGGGCUUACAUGGGAGGUGUAUGGCGCCACGCUUGAUUGGCAGGCGCUCGGCUCAGCCGUCCAGAGGCAUUUGCACACCCAGAUAGAGCAGCUGGAGCUACGCCUCAGAACCCUACAGGGCUCAGUCUCUGAGAAGAAGAGCCCGCCCCCCGCGCGCAGGGUGAGGAGGAAGUGCCGAUGUUGGUUUCACUGCUCUUCCUGUUGCUGCAAGCGCAAGCAGCAUAGCGCUUGA